AAGACAAAUGAAUGUCACACAUUAAAGUAUACUUUUGCGCGAGUUCCCUUCUCACCCUCUGUAGUCAUGGCACUGGCCUGGAACGGAUUGCUGGCCACCUCACCUUCUCCUUCGCCUUCUCGUUCUAGCGUCUUCAAAAGCACAUGUACAUCUUUCUCUUCCUCUGUACAUAAAUCACCUUCCUUUACCGUCUCUGCCACGGCAACCCCAGUCAUUGAUAACACUACCAAUACUGCUAGGAACACUGACAACAACAAUGAUAAACGGCAACUGCACAACAACGGCGACGACAACAAUAACCAGAGUAGUUUCAGCUAUAGCAGAGCUUCUCCAUCAGUUAGAUGGCCACAUCUUAAAUUCACAAACACUCCAUCUCCUCAAACCCAACUCACCAUUUCCUCUCCCUCGCACAAUCAUGUGGUCGUUGAUGGAGAUACUUCGGAUUCGGAGAGAGAAAAAGAAGAGACCUUGGAUUCCGAUUUGGCCGGAGAUAAACUGGGGAGACGGAGCAGGACUCGGAUGAAGAAGAUGACCAAAUUGACUCUCAAGAGAGCUAAGGAUUGGAGGCAGAGGGUUAAAUUCUACACGGAUAGGAUUCUGGGGCUGAAACAGGACCAAUUUGUUGCUGACGUAUUGGAUGGUCGGCCUGUUCAGAUGACACCCACUGAUUUUUGCUUUGUCGUUAAAUGGGUUGGUCAGGAGAGCUGGAACAGGGCGUUGGAGGUCUACGAGUGGUUGAAUUUGCGGCACUGGUAUUCGCCUAAUGCAAGGAUGCUUGCCACCAUACUUGCGGUACUAGGCAAAGCGAAUCAGGAAGCACUGGCUGUGGAAAUUUUUACCAGGGCUGAGGCUACUGUUGGUAACACUGUUCAAGUUUACAAUGCCAUGAUGGGUGUGUACGCACGAAAUGGUCGGUUUGAGAAAGUCCAGCAACUGUUUGAUGUAAUGCGUGAGAGAGGGUGUGAGCCAGAUCUCGUGAGUUUCAAUACCCUGAUAAAUGCUCGAUUGAAGGCGAAAGCUAUGUCCCCUAAUUUGGCUAUUGAACUUUUGAAUGAGGUGAGGAGGUCGAAGCUUAGGCCAGAUGUUAUCACUUAUAACACUUUGAUCAGUGCAUGCUCGCGUGCGUCAAAUUUGGAGGGAGCAAUGAUCGUUUAUGAUGACAUGAAGGCACGUAAAUGUCAACCUGAUCUAUGGACUUAUAAUGCAAUGGUCUCUGUUUAUGGGCGAUGUGGGCUGUCUGUGGAAGCUGAGCAGAUUUUUAAGGAAUUGGACUCAAACGGGUUUCUCCCAGAUGCAGUCACAUAUAAUUCCUUAUUAUAUGCUUUUGCUAGGGAAGGGAACAUAGAGAAGGUAAAAGAGAUAUGCGAGGAAAUGGUAAAAGUAGGGUUUGGUAAAGAUGAGAUGACUUAUAAUACUAUCAUCCACAUGUAUGGGAAGCAGGGGCGGCAUGACCUCGCACUCCAGCUUUACCAGGAUAUGAAAUUGGCAGACCGGAAUCCUGAUGUUGUCACAUACACAGUCUUGAUUGAUUCCCUUGGGAAAUCAAACAGAAUAACUGAGGCUUCGAAUGUAAUGUCAGAGAUGUUGGAUGCAGGAGUUAAACCCACAGUGCGGACAUACAGUGCUUUGAUUCAUGGUUACGCGAAGGUUGGGAAGUUAGUGGAGGCCGAAGAAACAUUUGAAUGUAUGCUCAGGUCUGGAAUUAGACCUGAUCAUACAGCCUACUCAAUUAUGCUGGAUAUCUUUGCUCGGUUUAAUGAGAGAAAGAAGGCAAUAAUGCUUUAUGAGGAAAUGAUCCGUGACGGAUUGACACCAGAUUGUGCCCUUUAUGAGGCCAUGCUUCGAGUUUUGAGGGAAAACGACAUGGACAUAGAGAGGAUGGUCAGAGACAUGGAAGAAUUAUGUGAAAUGACCCCUCAAACUAUUUCUUCCGUUCUUGUCAAGGGUCACUGCUAUGAACAUGCAGCUAAAAUGCUGAGAUCAGCUAUUAGUGAUGGCUAUCAACUAGACCCUAAGAAUUUGUCAUCUAUACUUGAUUCAUAUAGUUUAUCUGGGAGACAUACAGAUGCAUGUGAAUUGCUUCAAUUCUUGAGGGAACAUUCCCCAGGAUCCAAUCAGCUGAUAACAGAAGCUCUGAUAACAAUGCUUUGCAAAGCUGGACACGUAGAUAUUGCCUUGAAGGAAUAUGGAAACAUCAGGGGAAAUAAUAGAAGUUGUGCUAUGUUUGAGUCCUUAAUCCGUUGUUGUGAAGAAAAUGAACUCAUUGCUGAAGCUUCUCAGGUUUUCUCAGACAUGAAAUUUUGUGGCACUGAACCUACUGAACAAGUCUUCCAAAUAAUGGUUCUUGUUUAUUGUAAAAUGGGCUUCCCUGAGACAGCUCAUCAUCUGGUCCAUCAGGCUGAAACUGCAGGGCUUCUAGUCAAUAAUUUCUCCAUUUAUGCUGAUGUUAUUAUGGCAUAUGGAAAACUGAAACUAUGGCAGAAAGCAGAAAGUGUCUUGGGUAAUCUUAGGCAAAGAUGUCCAACCUUAGAUCGAAAGGUUUGGAAUGCUAUGAUACAAGCUUAUGCUGUAAGUGGUUGCUAUGAGCGAGCUAGGGCUGUUUUAAAUACAAUGAUGAGAGAUGGUCCUUCCCCAACGGUAGAUUCUAUCAAUGGUCUCUUACAAGCUCUGAUUGUUGAUGGUAGAUUAAAUGAGCUCUAUGUGGUAAUCCAGGAGUUGCAAGAUAUGGGUUUUAAGAUCAGCAAAAGUUCAAUACUGUUGAUGCUUGAGGCAUUUGCCAGAGCUGGAAACAUUUUUGAGGUUAAGAAAAUAUAUCAUGGUAUGAAGGCUGCUGGUUAUUUUCCUACCAUGCAUCUUUAUAGGAUCAUGAUUGGGUUAUUGUGCAGGGGGAAACGGGUGAGAGAUGUUGAAGCCAUGAUUACAGAGAUGGAAGAAGCAGGAUUCAAACCUGACAUUUCAAUUUGGAAUUCUAUGCUAAAGUUGUACACAGGUAUUGAGGAUUUCAGAAAGACUGGUCAAGUCUACCAGCAAAUUCAAGAUGCUGAUAUUGAACCUGAUGAGGAAACUUACAAUACUUUGAUAAUAAUGUACUGCAGAAAUCGUAGAGCAGAAGAAGGGUUGUUAUUAAUGAAUGAAAUGAGAAAGCGUGAUUUGGACCCUAAGUUGGACACUUACAAAAGCUUAAUUGCAGCAUUGGGUAAGCAGCAGCAGCUGGAACAAGCUGAGGAACUUUUUGAAGAGUUGCGAUCAAAUAAAUAUAAAUUGGAUCGAUCUUUUUAUCAUAUAAUGAUGAAAUUGUUCAGAGAUUCUGGAAAUCAUUCCAAAGCUGAAAAGUUGUUUGGCAUGAUGAAAGAUUCAGGGAUUGAGCCAACCAUUGCCACUAUGCACUUGCUUAUGUUAUCUUAUGGCGGUUCUCGACAGCCUCAGGAAGCUGAAAAAGUGCUUGUUAAUUUGAAAGAUAGAGUUUCCAAUCUCAGUACACUUCCCUAUAGUACAGUUAUUGAUGCGUAUCUUAAGAAUAAAGACUACAACAUUGGAAUUCAGAAGCUCAUGGAGAUGAGGGAACAUGGUCUUGAGCCAGACCACAGAAUAUGGACAUGUUUUAUCAGGGCUGCAAGUUUUUCCCAGCUGACAAAUGAUGCCAUUACCCUUUUAAAUGCACUACAAGAUGUUGGAUUUCAUCUUCCAAUCAGGAUUUUGAAAGAGAAAUCUGAGUCACUAGUUUCAGAGGUAGAUCACUGCCUGGAGAAACUGCAACCACUGGAAGACAAUGCAGCCUUUAACUUUGUAAAUGCUUUGGUGGAUCUGCUGUGGGCAUUUGAACACCGAGCAACUGCUUCUUGGGUUUUCCAAUUGGCAAUCAAGAGGAACAUCUAUCGUCAUGAUGUGUUUAGGGUAGCUGAUAAGGAUUGGGGUGCUGAUUUUAGAAAGUUUUCAGGUGGUGCAGCCCUUGUUGGACUUACUUUAUGGCUGGACCAGAUGCAGGAUGCAUCUUUAGAGGGUUAUCCAGAGUCUCCAAAAUCGGUUGUUCUGAUAACUGGAACUGCAGAAUACAAUAUGGUUUCCCUGAACAGCACAAUAAAAGCUUGCCUUUGGGAGAUGGGCUCUCCCUUCCUUCCUUGUAAAACACGAAGUGGGCUCCUUGUGGCAAAAGCCCACUCCCUCAGGAUGUGGUUGAAGGACUCUCCAUUUUGCUUGGACCUUGAAUUGAAAGAUGCUUCAUCUCUUCCCGAGUCAAACUCUAUGCAGUUAAUUGAAGGAUGCUUCAUAAGAUGUGGCCUUGUUCCUGCAUUCAAAGAGAUAUCUGAUAGACUUGGUUUUAUAUGGCCAAAGAAAUUUGCAAGACUAGCUUUGCUACCUGAUAACAAGAGAGAUGCAGCUAUUCGAGCGGACAUAGAAGGGAGGAAAGAAAAGUUGGAAAAGAAGAAAGAGGCUGAUCUGAGGGGGAAAAGUAAGAUUAAGUUGCUCGGAAAGAAAAGAUAUAUGCGAAAAAAUAUAAUGGGAAAGCCUAGAAGUAGUAGAGGCAGAGCACCAGAAAAACGUGCUAUGAAAUAGUGCCUGAGUAUCUCUCUGACAAGAAUAUUAUGAAACUUAUGAUGGUGUUUCUAUUUCCACUUGAUGGUGCUAUGAUGCAGCGUUGAUUGUCCCUAGCCCCAGUCUAACAAAGAUUAAGAAAAUAGUACCAUAUGUUUUCUGCAUCGCCAGAGAAGUGAAGGAUUUUUUGAGUCUCAGCUAGUUCCUUAUCAUGUACCACCCGUGCUGAUACAUUGUCAAUUCUUACCGAAGGAAGUUGAAUUGGGAAGCAGAAGAAUUGGUUUGAGCCAUGAAAAAGAAUCACGAACAGCAAUAAUGAAUCUUUGCCAUCGCAGUUUCCAUAGUUUGAAGAACUCUGAUUUCUGUCUCAGUAUUCGACAAACAGGAAGCAAGCAGGCAUAAUGUAUGGCAACCAAGAGAAAGAAGCUACCUGCCCCAACCAUUUCCUGGACACUCCAAGGAGAUAUUUUGUUAUGCCGCUGGAAAGAAAAUCGACAUUGUUGGGAUGCAAAGAUAAAGAUGUGGAAAAACACUUUCUAAUGUAGUAGUACUGUUCAGAUAAAGAUGUGGAAAAACACUUUAUAAUUGUGAAUUUUCACUAUUUGUAGCUUAUAAGUACUAUUUUUUUGCC